CCAGAAUCCAGACUCAGUCCAGGACAACACGGUCCACCAGUCACAGCGGAGACCUGCAGGACGAUGGAGAACCAGAACCCGGACCACAGGAGCCAAACAGCAGCCUCGUGCUCUGAUAGCACCGAUGUUCAGAAACGGAGAGGAAGAGAGAGAGAACGUCACCACUGUCAGCACUGUGACAAAUACUUCACAAGAGCUUAUAAUUUAAUGGUUCAUCAGAGAAUUCACACCGGGGAGAAACCAUACAGCUGUGACCAAUGUGGGAAAGCUUUCACUCAAUCAAGUGAACUAAAAAUCCACCACCGAGUUCACACUGGAGAGAGGCCAUACAGCUGUGACCAGUGUGGGAAAGCUUUCAUUCAGUCAGGUGACCUAAGAAUCCACCAACGAGUUCACACUGGGGAGAAACCAUAUAACUGUGACCAAUGUGGGAAAUCUUUUGCUCAUUCAGGUGUACUAAAAAUCCACCUACGCGUUCACACUGGAGAGAAACCGUAUAGCUGUGGGCAAUGUGGGCAAGCUUUCGCCACAUCGGGUAUGCUAGAAAUGCACCAACACGUUCACACUGGAGAGAAACCAUACUGGUGUAACCUAUGUGGGAAAAAAUUUACGAGUUUUAAUAUCUUAAAAGUCCACCGACGUGUUCACACUGGAGAGAAACCUUACAUGUGUGACCAAUGUGGGAAAACCUUUGCUGCACCAGCUGAAUUAAGAGUUCAUUGUCGUGGUCACACUGGCGAGAAACCUUACAAGUGUGACCAAUGUGGGAAAGCUUUCACCACAUCAGGUGACCUGAAAAAACACCAGCGUGUUCACACUGGAGAGAAACCGUACGGCUGUGACCAAUGUGGGCAAACAUUCACCACAUCGAGUCAGCUGAAAGUCCACCAACGUGGUCACACUGGAGAGAAACCUUACAGCUGUGAUCAGUGUGGGAAAGCUUUCAUUUCAUCGGGUGAACUAAACGCCCACCAACGUGUUCACACCGGAGAAAAACCGUACAGCUGUGACAAAUGUAGGAAAGCUUUCAGUACAUCAAGUCAGUUUACUGUCCACCGGCGUAUUCACACUGGGAAUAAACCGUACUGGUGUGAUCAAUGUGGGAAAGCUUUCACUCAAUCAAGUGAACUAAAAAUCCACCACCGAGUUCACACUGGAGAGAGGCCAUACAGCUGUGACCAGUGUGGGAAAGCUUUCAUUCAGUCAGGUGACCUAAGAAUCCACCAACGAGUUCACACUGGGGAGAAACCAUAUAACUGUGACCAAUGUGGGAAAUCUUUUGCUCAUUCAGGUGUACUAAAAAUCCACCUACGCGUUCACACUGGAGAGAAACCGUAUAGCUGUGGGCAAUGUGGGCAAGCUUUCGCCACAUCGGGUAUGCUAGAAAUGCACCAACACGUUCACACUGGAGAGAAACCAUACUGGUGUAACCUAUGUGGGAAAAAAUUUACGAGUUUUAAUAUCUUAAAAGUCCACCGACGUGUUCACACUGGAGAGAAACCUUACAUGUGUGACCAAUGUGGGAAAACCUUUGCUGCACCAGCUGAAUUAAGAGUUCAUUGUCGUGGUCACACUGGCGAGAAACCUUACAAGUGUGACCAAUGUGGGAAAGCUUUCACCACAUCAGGUGACCUGAAAAAACACCAGCGUGUUCACACUGGAGAGAAACCGUACGGCUGUGACCAAUGUGGGCAAACAUUCACCACAUCGAGUCAGCUGAAAGUCCACCAACGUGGUCACACUGGAGAGAAACCUUACAGCUGUGAUCAGUGUGGGAAAGCUUUCAUUUCAUCGGGUGAACUAAACGCCCACCAACGUGUUCACACCGGAGAAAAACCGUACAGCUGUGACAAAUGUAGGAAAGCUUUCAGUACAUCAAGUCAGUUUACUGUCCACCGGCGUAUUCACACUGGGAAUAAACCGUACUGGUGUGAUCAAUGUGAGAAAACCUUUACUCAGGCUGGUGCCCUUAAACGCCACCAAUGUGUUCACGCUGCCUCGUUUUAAACAUUCAUCAGUCAAUUAAGCUGUUUUUCAUUUUGCCUCCUCAUGCCCUUGAAGUGCCCAGGCUCCUGAAAGACUCAUUUCAAAACAGUAUUGCGUCUGCAAUCUGGAGCUCUCACGAAGACCGUUUGUUUUAUGGACAACCUUUGUAUUGAACACCACCUGCAGUUCUUUCAACUACUCAGUCCCACGGAAAGCCGUUGAGCAGAGAAAAAAACUACUCCUGCAACUGCGAGGCCCAGCCCAGCAGCCCACUCUACAGUGGAUAGCCAUCUCGACAGUCUUGUCCAGCAUCCAGUCAUCACUUGCUAGCAUUAACUCUACAUCCAAACUCUGAGGUUGGGCUUGGCACCCUCCACAAGUCAAGUUUUAAUGGCACAGCUGGCAGUUUUCCUCCUCAGGUGCAGGCCUGUGAUAACAUCAGUCUUUUAUGCGACUUUAUAAAACAUAGGCUGGAGAUG